UCCUCCUCCUCCCCGUCUCCUCUUCCGGGGCAGCGGCAGCCGCCAUGACGGGCCGCGGGGCUCCCAGCCGCUUCUUGGCGGCGGCGCUGGGCAGCGGGCUGGGCCGCUACGUGCGGCAGCUGCAGCGCCUGCAGCUCGUCUUCAGCCCCGCCGCGCCCGACGCCCGCGGGGCCAGAAAGAUGGCAGGGACACGUGCUCAUGACAAGGGGGGGCACCGGGGACACCCCGGUCUCACCCCCCGGUCUCACCCCCGUUGUGCCGCAGUGAACAGGACGGUGCGGGAGGAGCUCAUCGCCAACAAGACGAGCGAGGAGAUCGCCCAGCUCGCCACCAAGCUGGCCAACCAGUCCGGCCUGGACAUCGUGCGCAUUCGCAAGCCCUUCCACACCGACAACCCCAGCGUGCAGGGCCAGUGGCACCCCCUCACCAACAAGCCCCCCGCUCUCCUUGUGCGGGGCCCUCGCCUGACACCCCCCCAAUAAA